CCCACGGUCCCAUCUCUUCACAAACUGCAUUCUCGAAUCUUCAAAUAUCUUUAGCUCUACUAAACUCCUCAAUCUCAGCCUCCAACAUCAGACCAAUCCAGAAUGUCCGUCCCAGAACCCAACGCUAUAUCCCAACCCACCCAAUCCCAAACCUACACAGCCCCUGGCAACCCGGCCUCCAAAAGCCCCCCCGAGAGUAUACAAACAGCUCUCAACUCCCUUGACGGCUCUCGAAAGGUCGAUCAGCGUGUCCCGACGAAACAAGCUUCAGAUGACCAGGCCACAGCGUCAUCCCUUGGCCGCGGUAUCCAUGGCGCACCACCCGGCGAAGAGCGCAAAGGUCUGACGGAGGAAGAUGUUGGGCGGCAUAAUGAGCUGGAUGCAGAACAGAUGGGGGCGCCGGGGGAGGGGAGAGUGGCAGAUGCGGUCGCGGGACGAGGUACCAAGGGCGUCGGGGGUGAGCAGGAGGAUUUGGCGGCAGAUCUGGAUAGGAAAAAGGCUGAGCAGCAGGAGGCUAGAGACGCGAUUAAGGCACAGAGGGCUCAUGGGAAGGAUGUUGGGGGUGCCAUGGGUCAACAAGGUGGGGCGGCGAACCCAGUGGAUAAAGAUGGGUAUCCGAAUACUGGAGUUUGAGGUUGCUGGCGUUUGAAUGACAAGGGGUGACAUUUGUUGUACAAAGGUGAUGUGGAGAGGCAUAAAAAGGGUGCAGGCAUUGGGGAUGCUAAGCGGACUUGUGUAUUUGAUCUACUUCCUUGGUCAGACAAUACCAUCACAAAUUGUAAUAUUGAG